ACCACAUUAGAAAUUUCUACAGAAACCAAGAGAGCCGUCCGCAUGUUCGCCACUCAGCUUCCUCUUUUGGAUGCUUCAGCGACAAAUUGUGGAGGGAGCCGCGCUCGUGAUUCUCAGUGCGGAUGCCAAGGUGAGAAGGAGACAAGGAGACAAGGAACCGAGGGAAAGGAUACAGCAUUUCCCUCACGGCCCCUGUGGAGCUGCAGCAGGGACGAGCCGACCAGCUGUGACUUCUAGCCGUGAAAGAAAGGCAGAGCUGUGAGAAGCACGCAGGAAUGAGUCCGCUGAGAAGUUUCUCCUGGCUUUUGAUGUUCUUUUACGCAGGUGGUGCAAGGGUCGACAAUGUGUCGUCGCCAAUCUGCCGCCAUCCAUGCGAGGAGCUGGGGGAUUUGCUGACUGAGAUCGAGGGCCUGCGCAUUGUGACCAGCAACCUGCUCGGCGACCUGGAAAGAGUAUCCAAAGAAAAUGAAGAGAUGCGCAUAUUGAUGGCUGAGCUGAGCAACAACAGCAGCGGCAACAGCAGCCGCAGCAGCAACAGCAGCAGAGGAGGCGGCGGCGGCGGCGGCGACGGUGAUGACAAUGAUCUUGACAGGGACAGAGACGGGGAGCUCUGGUGUGUGCAGGACGGACGAGUGUACGAGCAGGGAGAGGACUGGGAGGUCGACAGCUGCACCUCCUGUACCUGCCAGGAUGGAAAGGCGUUGUGUCAGCAGGUGUCGUGCCCUCCUGUGUCCUGCAUCAAUCCGUCCUUCAUCGAUGGAAGCUGCUGCCCCGUCUGUCUCAAUGACGAAGACGGCUGGUCCCCAUGGUCGGAGUGGACCUACUGUUCUGCCCCAUGUGGACGCGGAGGGCAGCAGAGGGGCCGAUCAUGCAAUGGCAUCAUGCCGCCGUGCGCCGGCCCGUCAGUUCAAACCCGCAGCUGCAUGCUGAUGAAGUGUGACCGCAAGGAGCGAGCUGACGGGACCUGGGGCCUUUGGUCUCCUUGGUCUGUGUGCACAACCACAUGCGGAGAGGGAAACAUUACACGGGUACGUCUGUGCAACAACCCCCCGCCACAGAAGGGGGGCCGAGGGUGCCCCGGCGGCGCCAGGGACACACAGCCUUGCAACAACAAACUCUGCCCCAUCGCUGGAGGCUGGACGUCCUGGACUGAAUGGUCCCUGUGCUCAGAGUCUUGUGGAGGAGGCCUCUCAAGUCGCCAGAGACUGUGUUUGAACCCGGCCCCUCAGAAUGAUGGGAAGCCUUGUGCUGGAGAGGCUGUGGACUACGAAGCUUGUAACAAACAGCCAUGUCCUAUAGACACGUGUUUGCUGUCGAAUCCAUGCUUUCCCGGUGUGGCGUGCACAUCACUGAGCGACGGAUCGUGGGAAUGUGGACGCUGUCCCUCGGGCUUAAACGGCAACGGCACUCACUGUGAAGAUGAAAAUGAGUGUGAGGUGGAGGGCGUGUGUGUCACAGAGUGUGUAAACACAGACCCUGGGUUCUACUGUCUGCCCUGUCCUCCUCGGUAUAAAGGCACACAGCCAUAUGGCCUCGGACUGCAGGAAGCCCGUAAAAUCAGGCAGGUGUGUGAGCCGUACAACCCUUGCAAAGACAACACACACACCUGCCACAAGUAUGCCGAGUGUUUGUACCUGGGCCUGGCAUCCGAGGUGUUGUUCAAGUGUGUGUGCGCCGUCGGGUUUGCCGGUGACGGCUCUUUGUGCGGUGAAGACUCUGACCUGGACGGCUGGCCCAACAACGGAUUGCCCUGCAAGCAGAACGCGACCUAUCACUGUCAGAAGGACAACUGCCCCGCGCUCCCAAACUCUGGACAGGAAGACCUGGACAAGGACGGACGGGGGGACGCCUGCGAUCCCGACGACGACAACGACGACAUCAUGGACGAGAGGGACAAUUGCCCGCUGGUGUACAACCCGCGUCAGUAUGACUCUGACAGAGACGGGGUCGGGGACAGCUGUGACAACUGUCCGUUUGAUAACAACCCACUGCAGACGGACACCGAUGACAACGGCGAGGGAGACGCCUGCAGCAUUGACAUAGAUGGAGAUGAGGUCCUGAAUGACCGCGACAACUGUCCCUUAGUCUACAACACUGACCAGAGGGACACUGACCUGGACGGUGUCGGAGACCAGUGUGACAACUGUCCCCUUCUACACAACCCACUGCAGAUGGACUCCGACAGUGACCUGGUGGGGGACAUGUGCGACGACAACGAGGACAUUGAUGAGGACGGCCACCAGAACUCUCUGGACAACUGUCCCUACAUUGCCAACAGCAAUCAGGCCGACCACGAUCAGGACGGGAGGGGGGAUGCCUGUGACCACGACGACGACAACGACGGCAUCCCCGACGACCGGGACAACUGCCGGCUGGUGCCCAACAGGGACCAGCUGGACUCUGACGCUGACGGCAGUGGAGAAGCCUGUUUUGACGACUUUGACAACGACAGUGUCCCAGAUGCGCUGGAUCCGUGUCCACUGAACCAGGACAUCAGGUCGACAGACUUCCGGAGGUUUCAGGUUGUUCUGUUGGACCCCAAAGGCACAACGCAGUCCGACCCCCUCUGGGUGAUCCGCAGCCAGGGUAGAGAGCUGAUGCAGACGGCCAACUCGGACCCGGGCAUCGCUCUAGGAUACGACAAGUUCGGCGCAGUGGACUUCAGUGUCACGUUUUACGUGAACACCGAUCGGGAUGACGACUACGCCGGCAUUGUGUUCGCCUACCAGUCCAGUCAACGCUUCUACGUUGUCAUGUGGAAACAGGUGUCGCAGGCCUACUGGGAGAAAAAGCCUUUUAAAGCUUUCGGCACUGCGGGCGUCUCCAUUAAACUUGUCAACUCCACCACGGGACCAGGGGAGUAUCUACGCAAUGCCCUCUGGCACACCAGGAACACCAGACACCAGGUCAGAACACUGUGGCAUGACCCCAAUAAAACCGGCUGGAGGGACUUCACAGCCUACCGCAUGCACCUAAUCCACAGACCCAAGACCGGGUUCAUCAGGGUGGUGGUGUACGAGGGCAGGGAGAUCAUGACCGACUCGGGGGCGGUGUACGACCACACCCUGGCUGGAGGCCGACUGGGACUGUUUGUCUUCUCUCAGGAACACGUCCUCUUCUCAGACCUCAGAUAUGAGUGCAGAGAUAACUGAAUAAUUUUUGCCGGGAUAUUCAGGAAACUCCACAACUACCCAGCAGAGAUUAUUACAACUCAUACAACACAACGUCGGCACAUCAGUCAGUGACCAUCAUCUAUUAGCUUUUUAUGCAUCAGUAAUAAUUUCCGACUGUCUCAUUUGCUGUAUGUUACUGUAGAAGCAUCUCUAAAGACAACAACGUCUUAUUGCUUUUCACUUGCGCUUUUCCUUGUGUUGUAAAUAAUUAUUUAUUGCCAGAUACCCACUAUGAAAGGAAGAGACGUGAGGAUAAACUGAUGAUGGAAUAAGUCCAUUAGAUGUCUGGUAACUUAUCAAUAAAAUACUUUCUUUUUUUUUUAAAUCCAAUUGUUUUUCCCCCCUUUUCUUUUCUGAUGACGCCAGAACAGUAUGAUGGUGUAAAUGUGGUCUGUAGCGCCUUCUAGUGGUGGAAGUGAUAAUUACAAAUCCCCUAUGGGAAAGAAGAAACCAACCAUUUGAGGUUGUAAAUUCAGUGUUAUAUAAUUUACCUUGACAAAAAUACAAAUACAUCAUGACAAUUUAAAAACCUUCAUUUUAAAAUGUUGUUUGAUAAAAGUAUUCUGUCAACAGAUUUCACUUUAAGUGCUAAUCACACAGAAUAGCCCCUAUGAUGAAACAUUGUAGUUGGUCAAGGUGGAGCUGAUUUUAACAUGAGUACAGUACAAUACUUAAGUACAUGUACCUGUAGUUACUUUACACCACUGGAGGAAGUUCAAAUCAUCUACAGUGUCUGUUUUGUGUCCUGUAAAAUCCUUCUCUGUUUAGUUUGUACAACAAUAAAUCUGUGUCUCCAAAGAAA